AUGCCCAUCAGCAUUCAACCACAGUGCGGGCAGAAGAAGACCGGGCCAAGUCGGCCAGGCAAGGGGGACCCCGACCCGGAGAUCGGCCUAUAUGUGGAGGGGAUCUCUAUCAGCGGUCCUGGUAUCACUCCCCAGGAGCAGGGUGCUGGAGAUCCGGCAGCAAGCAAUCAAGCACCGCGAAAAGCUCAGACUACUACCAAGACGACCGGGGCCGGGACGUCACACUGCCUGCAAAUUGACGACCCGAACGCAGCGGAACCCACAACAGCUGCGGAAACUGAAGCGGCCGGUGGCCGCCGAGUACUGGCUUGUGGGCAACUGCUCACAGAAGGUACCGACGGAUCAACCAAGCCGCCUCAGCCGAACCCCGAUUCGAGUCUGAAGCCCGCGGCCGCACCGCCUCCAAUUACAGGGGGCUGGUCAUCAAAGCUAUUCCAGAAUUAA